GUUUUCCAUCAGAUAUAAACACUCGGUUUUUUCAGUCAAGAUUUGUGCAAAAUUCUGAUGCAUUUCAUUACUAUUACAAUAUUUUAGUGAAAAUUGCAUUCAAAUCGCGAAUCGGACUAUGAAUUAAGCGCUAGUGAUAAGACGGUCUUAAUAAUGAGUCGUGAGUCCCAUCUCUCACAUAAUGACUUAAGUAGUGAAUAAUGUGUGGUAUUUGUCGCUAUAUUUGGCACUUUUUCCUCACAUUAUAAUUUUUCAAUCACUUAUUGUGUCAAUCGUUUGAGAAGAUGGUCACGAAUAUAGUGCCCGCACUCUUACCAGCACUCGUCCCGUUGGCCACACUCUUAUGGAUACGAGCGGCCGAUCACUCCAUCUCUAUUUCCCGCAACAAUUGGGACCAGGAAUAUGAUUAUAUCGUCAUUGGCGGCGGGUCUGCCGGCGCUGUAAUGGCUAACAGGCUAUCAGAGGAUCCGGCGAUUAAAGUAUUGCUUUUAGAAGCCGGCGGUUCGGAGAAUCUAUUCAGUGAUAUACCCAUAGCGGCGGCUACUCUUCAGAUGACACCAAUAGACUGGGGCUAUCAGACAGAACCACAAGAAGCGUCAUGUUUUGGGCUAAUUAACCGAAGGAGUCGUUGGCCUCGAGGUCGAGUGCUCGGGGGCUCAUCAGUACUCAAUUACAUGUUGUAUAUUAGAGGCAAUAGUCGUGAUUAUGACGGCUGGGCAAAGAAUGGUGCGUACGGCUGGUCAUGGGAUGAAGUGCUGCCGUAUUUCAUAAAAUCAGAGGACAAUCGGGACCCGAGUAUCGCAUACAAUGGUUAUCACGGAGUGGGCGGUCACUUGACAGUGUCGAGUCCACCCGACGCGAGUCCCAUUGCCACCGCAUUUCCCGAAGCGGGUAAACACUUAGGAUAUCCUAAUAUAGAUCUAAAUGGACCGACAAAUGCCGGGUUCGCCAUACCUCAGGGCACUAUCAGACGGGGCGCCCGGUGUUCGACCUCAAAGGCUUUCCUACAGAGCGCCAGAGACCGGCCUAACCUCCAUGUCGUGACAUUCGCUUACGUGACAAAAAUCAUAUUUAAUGAAUUCAAGAGAGCACAGGCCGUCCAGUUUGACCGCUUCUCACUCACUCAUGUGGUGUACGCCAAGAAAGAAGUUAUAUUAUCUGCCGGUUCUAUCAAUUCGGUGCAACUCUUAAUACUGUCGGGUAUCGGCCCUAAAGACCAUUUGGCCGAACUCGGGAUUCCCCUAUUGGCUGACCUCCCGGUCGGUCUCAAUCUUCAGGAUCACAUAUAUCCGGGAGGUCCGAUGACUACGUUAGGAGGUGUUGAGGGACUGGGCUUUAUAAAGACAAAGUAUGCCAAUCAGACGGACGACUACCCGGACUUUGAGAUCCAUAUGUUGAAUGGGGGGCCGACCAGCGACGACGGACAGACAUUCCGGCGCGUCCAGGGAUUCACGCGCGAGAUGUGGGAGAAAGUGUAUGUGCCUUACCUUCCGUACGACACGUUCAGUAUGUAUCCGGUGCUUCUCCGGCCCAAGAGUAUCGGUUACAUCAAACUUCGCUCAAGCAAUCCAUACGAUCCGCCCAUAAUUGAUCCCAAAUAUCUGACACAUCCGGACGACAUCCUCUCAAUGGUGGACGCGAUGAAGAUAUCGAUAGCCGUGGGUCUGACGCCUCCUUAUCAGGCAAUGAACUCCCAAUUGUUCACAACAGUGUUUCCCGGGUGUGAGGUAUACAAGAUGUGGAGCGACGAGUACUUGGCGUGUGUGGCGCGCACCUACACGGCCACGAUCUACCAUCCGGUGGGUACCGCCAAAAUGGGUCCGCCUUGGGAUCCGACAGCAGUGGUCGACCCCGAGCUUAGAGUGUUGGGAGGUAUCAAAGGUCUGCGAGUAGUGGACGGCUCUAUUAUGCCAAAGUUAGUCUCAGGCAAUACUAACGCUCCCAUUAUUAUGAUCGCCGAAAAGGCCGCCGAUAUUAUCAAAGGUGUUCAGUUGCCACCAGUCAGGCCCACACCUCAAGAACCGAACGAUAGUUUUUUCGAUAAUUUCAAUAUAUUAGGCAAAAAGAAGAGAUGAUUCCAUUGAUUAGUCGAUUAUAUAAUUACCAUUUAAUAUCGUUUCCACUUUUUCUCUGUCUAUUACCAAAU